AUGCCGACAGUUGGACAGAGAAGAAGACAAAUCCAAAGCUAAACACUUAAAAAAACCAACUGUGAGCAAAACAUUUCUUUGGCUGCUGUUAAUAGCAGUCAUAUUAUCAGAGCAAAAAAAGAAGAAAGAAAUGGAGAAGAAAGAACCCAUUUUCAGAAAGCUGCUCAUUUUUUCUGCUCUUCCAAUCUUUAUUCUUUUGCUCUUCUUCAUCCAUCAUCAACAACCAUUAUCUAUUUAUACAGGGUUGCAAAAUUUUGGGAAUAGGAAAAAUGGGGUUUUUACUGAUCCUGUUGAUUUAAUCAAGCUACAUUUGCAACUCAGAAGACUGGUUAGAGAGAAAGAUGCAGCCAAAUUUGAAGCCACAGGAUUUGCUUAUGAUGUUGACAACUUUACUGAAAUAUGUGUUAUAAGCAAGCCAAUUGUAUAUGAUGAAAAAACUUCGACUGUUUAUGUACCCUCCGAAGAUGAAACAGGGCUUACCAAAAUGAUGGUUAAACCGUAUCCAAGAAGGGAAGAUCCGUUUGCCAUGGAACAGGUUACGCCAGUUCAGAUAAUCCGUGGAAAUUACAGCAGUAUCAACCCUCCAGCUUGUCAGAUAACACAUAAUGUACCAGCUUUGUUUUAUUCAUUCGCGGGAUUUGCAGAGAAUCCUUUUCAUGCUUUUAACGAGAUCAUAAUCCCAUUAUUCCUCACCAGCCGCCAUUUUGAAUCUAAGGUGCAGUUUGUACUCACAGAUUUUAGAGGACGGUGGUACUGGAAAUACACUCAGGUUUUAAAGAAGCUGACUUUGUUUGAGAAUAUUGGUAUGGAUUCAACUAAAAGUAUCCAUUGUUUUCCUGCUGCUGUUGUUGGCCUCAGGUAUCAUGAAAAUCUUGCAGUGAACAGCAACGAUGCUCCUUUAGGAUACACAAUGCAAGACGUGAGACAAUUCCUGUGGAACACAUACAAUGUAAAGGUAAAAACCACACUAAAUCUCAAAAAGCCGAAAGUCCUCCUUGUUUCUCGUAGAGGAUCAAGAAUAUUUCUAAACGAAGAUGAGAUGGUGAAUAUGAUGGAACAAGAGUUGGGUUUUGAAGUUUAUAGAGCCUUACCCAACGAAACAAAGAAAUUAGACAAAUUCGCGCAAAUUGUAAACUCGUGUGAGAUCAUGGUUGGGGCUCAUGGGGCAGGGCUAACGAACGCCAUAUUUCUGCCCACGGGUGCAGCAAUGAUCCAGAUGGUUCCCUUGGGUCUAAACUGGGCUUCUGAUCACUACUUUGGUGAACCAGCCCCUGGCAUCGGACUCAAGUACAUCAGAUAUAAGGUUUGGCGCAAUGAGACUUCGCUGUAUGAAAAGUACGGUCCAAAUCAUCCAAUUGUAUCUGAUGCAGCUUCUAUUUGGGCUAAAGGAUAUAUGGCAGUUAAAGAAGCUUAUGUUGAUGAGCAAAGUUUUAGAAUUAAUCUAGAUAGGUUUAAGGGGACACUUCUUGAAGCAUUGAGGCUAAUGGGACAGUCAGAUUCCUGAUUUUGGAUGGAAUUAUUUGUGUUCUCAGGUGAUUUUGGAGGAUUGCAGGUUACAGGGUGUGUAAAUAGCAAGAUUUUGAGGCCACAUUUUCCCUGUCAGGAAAUUUGUUUGUCAUAUACUACUACUGUAAUGAUUUGAUUUGAUUUCAAGAGGGUGAACAUGACAUUAUGAUAACAUGUCAUGUGUGAUAUUUGUGUAAACUUUGUAAUUCUGAUGAAUGAAUUUUCCCCCUCCCAUUUUUCCUUCAAAA